UAAUAUAUAAAAACAAAAAAUACAUAUCCAAAAUUUGUACCACUUUGAAUAGAAGACUUCCUAAAGACUUCGUGGGCACUCUUCUAGCAUACAAUGCAUUAGAAGACUUUCCUAAAGUAUUAUGUGAAGUCUUCCGAGAGUCUUCUGAAAAGUCUUUCAAAGUUUGUCUCACAUCAGAAAAACCUGCAAAUUCAAAAACAUUCAAAUGACUUCAAAACAAAGAAAAACUUCAAAAAUAUAAUUUUAUGAUUAAAUAAUAAACGAAACAGUCACAUUAAGUUGAAUCUAUAGAAUUUUAGAAUCUAAUAUAUAAAACACACAAUAAUACAUAUCCAAAAUUUAUAGAUAUACCUUUGAAUGAGUGAAAAAUGAGAAACAUGUAAUGAAAAUUCUGCAAAAAGAAGAUAAAUUAGUGAGAAGACAUAAGAAAAAAAUGAGAAAUGGAUUUAAAGUUUGGUUUUUUGAUGUUCAAAGAGAUUAGAGAGAGGUUGGAGAGGUUUAGAGUGAGAAACAUUACAUUUUUCUUGCAGCCAUUUGAGAGUAAGAAAGAGAUUGUGUAAAUUUUCUUUAUAUAUGGAGACAAAAAUUCCAAUUAAGUUAAAUAUUUUCGAUACACAAGACUUCUUAAAAAAAUUUCUAAGAGAAGACUUCUUGUGAAGUCUUCUAGACCCUAAAAUCAAAUACAUUCUAGAAGAUUUCUGUAAGACUUUGCUUUAGGCGGAAAACCUAAAUUCUACUAAAAUUUAAGCGGGGAUAUGUCAAAAGACUUCUUUGUAAGUCUUCUCACGCGGAGGGUUAUAAUUAGGCAUGGGCGUUCGGGUACCCGUUCGGGUACCCGUUCGGGUUCGGAUCGGGUUUUUUGGAUUUCGGUUCCAUUUUGUAAUACCUCCUAGGUCUCAUUCUAGUAAAUUUACAAGUACGGAUCAGAUUCGGAUAUAACACUUCGGUUUCUGAUCGGUUCGGAUAUGUCCGAAGUAACCAUAUAUCAUUCGGAUUCGGAUUAUAUCGGAUCGGUUCGGGUAUAUCCAAAAUAAAAUCUAAAAUUUAAAAGUAAAACAUAAGAAAUAUAUUCUUCUUUGUAUGUAAUGGAGUAUUUAAGGUGUUUAUUUUAUUUUAUUUUAUAAUUUCAAAAAUUAUUUUUUAUAUCCAAAAAUAUUUUUUUAAAAAUAAAUAUUAAAUUUAUUUUUAAAAAUAAUAAUAUUUCACAUCUAAAUUUUAAUUUAAUUUAUAUAAUUAAAUAAGAUUCAUUAUUUUUAAUAAAACUAUAUUAUUAAUAUAUAUUACAAUUUAAUUUAUAUUAUAUUAAAAAUGAGGAAUUGGCUUAUGCUUCGAUUGGUACAGCUGAUGAUAAAGUAGUAGCAGUAUGCCAACUCCUCGCAGCAAGUUCAAGCGUUGUUUGGAUUUUCUAAACAUCUCAAGCUGUUAGUUUAUCCCUUUAGGAUCAUAUGGACAUAUGAUGGGCAUAUGGCUCGAAAUUGCAUUUGACCCAAAUGAGGGUAAAUGGCGUCUGGCGUCUGGCGUCUGGCUCAACGAAACAUCUAUGGAAAAAAGAGAGUAUGGUAAAUAUAUUUCUAGGCGAGAAGAAGUGCAUUAUGGUACAUUUCAAGGAGGAGAUUUUUCAUAAUGUACCUUGAAUAUGUAUGGCCGAUCCAGUUGUCAAGAUCGGUCGAUACCAUGUGACUAUUUGCAUAUUUUUUAAGGCAGUUUGGCAGAGAAUGUUCGAUCCGGUAGUGAUGGAUCAUUUGAUCCUUGCCAACAUCUGGCAUGGAUCGGCCGAUCCACUCGACAUGGAUCAGUCGAUCUCUGCCAAAAUCCGGAAAGAAAAAUAAUUAGACAGAAAAAUCUCUGUAUAUAUGUGAGUUUAAAACUCUAUUCUAUAACACAAAAUUGUACUUUAAAAAGCAACAUCUAUCUAAUAAAAUACUUUUUUUGCUCGAGGAAAUAGUACUUUUGGUGAAUCACGUUAAAUCUAUAUAUCUUGCAUUAUACUUUAUCAAUCUGUUAUUAUGUUUCUUCUCACAUCUGCCAUAACAUUGUUUUUAUAUAUAUCUAAAUACUUAUGGGAAAAAAUUUCCAACUAAUAACUAAAUUUAUCAGAAUAGAAAAAAAUAUCACAAUUCAUUACUAAAUUUAUCAAAAUAAGAUAUAACAUAUAGCAAAUAUAUUAGUUUUUGUUAAAAAUUAAUAUUUUCCAAAGUUAAGGUUUUGUUUGCUCUUAUAGAAAACAAGAAAUGUAAGACUAAACUACCCUGAGAUAUGAACGUUACACCAACAAACGCCGAGGGUAAGACAAACAUUUCAGAAAAGAGAGAGGAUGAAAAAGACCUAUUAGGGCUAGGCAAUUAGGGUUCCAAUUGGGUUUCGGUUCGGAUUCAUUCGAGUUUCGGUUUUCAGAUUCAUGAAUUUCAGUCCCAUUCAAAUAUUAUAAAACUUCGGUUCAGAUUCAGUUAAGGUUUAGUCAAUUCAAUUAAGGUGUAAUUGGGUUCAGUUCGGGUUUAGUUACAUGUCCAGGAUCAUGUUGAACCCUGAAUAGUUUCAGUUGCAGAUAUUAACCGGGUUAUCUGUUUCAAAAAUAUUGAUUUAUACUUGAUUAAACUCAAUAUAUUUCCAAUAAUUUGUGUACGUGGCUUCUUCAAACCAUAUUGUUUUCCUUCAAAAUAAUUUUGGGCGACUCGUCUGUCAACUAUACAAGAUUCUUCUUUGAACUAUACGUGAUAACAUCAGAUAUAUCAUGACAAACCAAAGCUUUGUACGAACGAGAAUCAUACAUAACAAAAAAUUAAAAAAUUAAAAUUAACAAUUACCGACUCUAUAAACUCAAGAAACACUAUUUGAAGUUUAAGAAAAAACAUUGUUUAAACUUGAGAAUCAAACUUAUUCAUAUUUGAACUUUCAAAUGCAAUUGUUAAAACAUAAAAACAUUAAUACUGACCAAAUACGAAAAAUAUAUAUUAAACUUAAUUUUGUAAUAGAUAAUUAUUUUAAAUCUCGGUAAUAUCUUAGUGUAUUUUGGUUACAUAUCAGUGAUUGAUAUCAAAUUUGGUACAAGUUCUUUUUAGAAUUUUGAAUUUUUAGGAUUUUGGGAUAUUCAUUUGGAUUCGGAUAAAUCCGUAACCUGAAUUUUUAGAUCGGUUGGAGUUUCUAGUUAGUUUUUUAGUUGAUGUUGUCAAAAAAAAAAAAAAAUCCAUAACCUGAAAUACCAUAAAAUAAAAUCUGCUCAGCAUUUGUGUCAGUUCAGAUUGAUUUUAUCGGUCUGGUUAAGUUCGGAUAUUUGGAUUCGGUUUAGUCUAUUUCAUAAAAUCCUUGGCAAAAUAGAGAAAGGGUAAAACUCCAAACCUAAUUAAACUCUCGAGUGUGGAUUGUUAUCUAAGGGUAACCAAUCAUAGACAAAGACGUUCUCCUCAAGUUUUGUGUAGUAGCAGCGAUCAAGCUUCGUUUAACACUUCUAGGCAGUUAGGUUCUCUUUAUCUUUUAGUUCUUUGCUUAUGGAAUAUUUGAUAGCAAAGAGAUUUUCAACUUUUUACAGGAAAAAUAUGGGCUUCCUUUGUCGCCGGUGGUGACGAGCGUGGCAAUUUGAUUAGUGUUAAGGCUUUCGAUAACUUGUCUGAGUCUUUGGAAUCUGAGGAUAUGAGUUUGGUUAGUGGUAAAGUCCAUGAUGAAGAAGAUCAUACUGUAAAAGAGGAGAUUACUUCUACAGAUUAUGUGCGUGAGGAACAUGAUGAUGAUCUGACUGCUGCAUAUGGUAGAGAUUUAGAGUCGGUAGGUAAGGAAACAUCAGAGGCACUUGUGGAUAUUGUUUCUGCAAGUGAGUUUGGCACCCAAGGAUCUUCAGGAGAACGUGUCAUGGGCGUUGAUAGGUCUGGAGAACAGCUCUUGGAUGAUGCACAUUCCAGUGUAACAAACAUUCAUAGCUAUCAAGGAUAUAGGUUUGAUGGCCAUAUUUCCACAGAUUCUGACGAGGAAGCAGACACCAAUAUUGAAGGUGAGGAGGAAAGGUUUGAUAAAGCUGCAAUUUUAAAGGCGGCCACUGGUGGAACUUCAGAUGAUCUUCAUACAACCAUAACAUCUCAGGAUGAAACAGAACCUCCAGCUGGUUUGGGCUCAUCUUUAAGAUUGGUGAGAUCACGUCUAAACCGCACCAACAUGUUCCCCAGUCUAAAAGUCGGAAUGGGGGGAGAGAAUGAGAGUAACCUGAGCGAGGAAGAGAAACAUAAGCUGGAAAAACUGCAAAGUUUGCGUGUGAAAUAUCUGCGCCUUGUGCAUAGGCUGGGGAAGUCAGUGAAAGAUUCAAUGGCAGAGCAGGUUCUUUACAAGCUUUCACUUCUUGCUAAUAGUCAUUCUUCAUUCAGUCUUGACGCUGCAAAGAAGAUGGCUAUGGAUCAGUCUGGAGAAUUAAACUUCUCUCUAAACAUACUGGUCCUUGGAAAGUCCGGUGUGGGAAAAAGUGCCACUACAAACUCCAUCUUGGGCCAUCAGACUGUAUCCAUUGAUGCGUUUGGACCUUCCACCACCUCAGUCAAAGAAGUUUCUAGAACAGUGGACGGUGGUGUCAAGAUCACAAUCAUCGAUACCCCGGGCUUAAAAACUUCUGCCAUGGAUCAAAUUGGUAAUACCAAGAUGUUGUCCUCGGUGAAGAAGGUAAUGAAGAAGUUCCCACCUGAUGUUGUUCUUUACGUUGAUCGUCUUGAUGAUGCUCAGAACAAUCUUCCUUUGCUAAGAACAAUCACUGAUUCUCUUGGUCCAUCCAUAUGGGAGAACGCCAUAGUGAUACUGACUCAUUCUGCUUCAGCUCCUCCUGAUGACCCAUCCGGCACUCCUUUGAAGUAUGAGGAGUUUGUAUAGGCACGCUCAUACAUUGUUCAGCGUUCAAUUUCACAAGCCGUUGGUUUGGUUUACAUGCCUCCAGUUUAUCUAGUUGAGAAUCAUCUUUUGUGCAGGAAGAACCGAGCAGGUGAAAAAGUUCUCCCAAACGGCCAAGUUUGGAAGCCUGAGCUGAUGCUUUUGUGUUACUCUAUCAAAGUUUUGUCCGAAGCAGUUUAUCUGAUGAAGCCUCGAGAAGAACCGCCACUGAACUACCGCAACGUUUUUGGAUCUCUUUGGCCCAAGCUGUCUCUCCCUAGCUUGUUGUCUUGGCUGUUGCCGUCCCGUUCACAUCCUUCAGACCAAGGUGGUGAAGUUGAUGAUGUGUCUGACUCUGAGGAUGAUGAUGAGGAUGAGUAUGACCAGCUUCCACCGUUUACGCCUAUCCGGAGAACUCAGCUUACAAAACUCUCAAAGGAACUGAGAAAGGCGUAUUUCGAGGAGUAUGAUUACCGUGUAAAGCUCCUGCUGAAGAAGCAAUGGAGAGAAGGCUUGAAGAAAAAUGGAAAGAAGAGUAGUGUAUAUGGAGAAGAAGUGGAUCCAGAGAACAACCGGGCUCCAGUUACAUUACCAGAUAUGGUAUUGCCACCUUCAUUUGACAGUGAUAACUCAGCUUAUCGUUACCGCUCUCUAGAAUCCACUUCACAGUUCGUUACGAGGUCAGAGUUGGAUACUCAAGUCUGGGACCAUGAUUGUGGAUAUGACUGUGUCAUUGCAGAACAUACUCUGGCCAUAGCUAAACGUUUUCCUCUUGCAAUCACCGUUCAAAUGACUAAGGACAAGGAAGAGUUCGAUAUCCAUCUGGACUCUUCUGUUUGUGCUAAGCACGGGGACAAUGGUUCCACCAUGGCAGGGCUCACUGUCCGGAGUGUAAGUAAUCAGCUUAUGUACGUGGUCGUAGGAGAAACCAAAUUCAAUAACUUUAGGAAGAACAAGACGACUCUUGGAGGGUCUGUCACAUUCUUCGGUGAGGAUGUUGCGAUUGGUCUCAAACUCGAGGACCACAUCACGCUCGGGAAAAGGAUCGUCCUAGCUGGAAACGCAGGGACCGUGCAGUUGCGGGAAGAGUCAGCUUAUGAGGCAAACGUCGAGGUGAGGCUAAGAGAAGCUGAUUUUCCGAUAGGACAAAACCAAUCUUCUUUGGGGCUGUCUCUAACCAAGUCUAAAGAAGAAGAUCUAACCCUCUCAGCGAAUCUCCGGUCUCAAGUCUCUGUAGGAAGACAAACGAAGGUAGCAGCUUUUGCAAGUCUUGACACCAAGAGGACCGGACGUUUCACAGUCAGAACCAGCAGCUCAGAUCAGUUGCAGAUCGCGGUCAUGGCCAUUCUUCCUCUUGCCAUGUCCAUCUACAAGAGGGUUGUUGGAUCAGGAGACAACUGAGAAAGACCUUUAAGAGACUAUAUAUAGAUAUGAUAAUCUUGUG